CUUCACCUACCUCGCCUCCCUCUCUCCUUCUCUCUCAACCAGGGUCCUUUUUCUUUGUUAUUAUCCAUGUCUCGUAUAUAAAGACCCCCGCAUAUAGACACACGACCACGACCGCCCCCCAGUAUCGCCAUGACACAUUCACAACCCCUGCCCGUCUCCGACACCGGGUCCCCACCACUCCUCCCCGAAAUCACCAAUAACCAACCCCAGAUUCAUAUUCUCCAACCUGGAUCAGGAUCUGAACCUGGCUCUGACCCCGACCAAAACCACCCCGAUGCCCCCCUGCCGAUCAUCCAGCCCUACCGUGAUGACCCCGAUUCCGACCAAAGACCCGAUUAUCUCGUCCAGUACGAGCCACGGCCCAUCGAUGACGAUGAGGGUGAGGAUGAGGAUGCUGCGGCGGAGAUGGCGCGGCCCAGGAAAGCGUGGCGGGCUAGGCUUAGGGUGUUCUGGUUGAGGAAUAUGGGCAUGUUCUUGGUUCUGCUGGCGCAGAUGUUUGGGGCGAGUAUGAAUGUUAUGACGCAGAUUUUGGAGAUUCAUAGUUCCAUGCAUCCGUUUCAGGUCCUGUUCGCCCGCAUGUCCAUCACAGCCGUCGCCAGUUACUUCUACAUGUGGUAUGCCAAAGUGCCCGCCCCCUUCGGCACCCGUCCCGUCCGAAAACUCCUCCUCCUCCGUGCAACAUUCGGUUUCCUAGGCGUCUACGGUCUCUACUACUCCGUACAAUACCUACCCCUCUCCGAAGCAACGGUGAUCACCUUCCUCGCCCCAAUUCUCACCUGCUACGCCUGUUCACUCCUCAUCCCCGGCGAAACAUUCUCACGACGACAGCAACUCGCCGCACUCGUCUCGCUAGCCGGUGUAGUCCUUAUCGCCAGACCGUUCUCAAAGCGUGAUGGCGCGGGGACAGGCACGGGCGAUAACGCGGGUACCACAGCCGAAGACGAGAGUCCCGAAGACGCAGAUGCAUUCCACCAUGUGUUGGCCACGAUUGUCGCGUUCGUGGGUGUCCUGGGUGCAGCGGGUGCAUACACUACUAUCCGAAUGAUCGGACGACGGGCGCACCCGCUCGUCUCGGUGACUUAUUUCUCCAGCGUGACGACGGUGAUUUCAUUAGUAGCCAUGCUCACCGCGCCCUGGGUGCCGUUCCGACUACCCUCGACGGCGAUGGAAUGGACGCUCCUGACCGGACUGGGUGUCUGUGGAUUCCUGUUACAAUUCCUGUUGACGACGGGCCUGAGUUAUGUCCCGCCGGCUAGUGUGCGCGUACCCGGGGCGAAGGCCAGUCAGGGAUCCAAGGCGACGAAUAUGGUGUACAUGCAGAUGCUGUUUGCCUUGUUUUAUGACAAGGUUGUUUGGGGCAGUACGUUGUCGCCGGUGAGUUUGGCGGGGUCUGUGCUGAUUCUGGCAUGUGCGAUUUAUGUGGCUGUUGCGCAGGAGGAGCGGAAGGAGGAGAAAAAGCCCAAGGCGGAGGUCGAGGAGGAGGAAAAUGCUGAAGAUGAAGAUGAUCGGCGAUUCAAGGACCGGGAUGACGAGGAGACGGAGGGAGUGGCUGCACGGGAGAGAGACUAAAAUAUGCAGUUCGGGAGAGGAGGUGAGAUGUGCAGGAUCGUCGGGAGGGGAGAGCAGUGAAGUACAGAGGACCUGGACAAAUAGUGGUGGAGGUGGAGAUGUGCAUUGAGUUUUGGGCGUUCUGGGCAUAUUGGCUAGAGCAUUUAUCACCUAGUGAGUGCUAUGGCUCGAGCAUUGGCAUGCCAUUGCACAUGCAAUGAGCUGAGCUGAGUACAGUACCUCAUUUCCACAGUACAGUAGACGGAGUACAUAUUCCUCCAGGUUGUGGUAUAUAUUAUGACUAUGAGCAUAUGAUAAUAAGAAUGAUCAUGAUUUGAC